AUGAGGCCUAAUCAUCCUUAUACAAUAACAUUUCCUAUAUGGUAAUGUGAUCAAUGGACUGCAUUUAGAGGACGUCUGAAACUAUCUGACAAAUAAGUUAUUAUAGCAAGAUGGAAUAAUACUAUAUAUUUAGAUGAAGAAUUAGCAUUUUUUGAUUCACAACAUCGAAUUAAACCAUAAAAGGAUAUUAUAAUGCUCAAACCAUAAAUUAGUUUACUUCCUUCAAUAUUAUAGAUAGUUAGAACUAAUACAUACACAGAUGUCUUAAUUGAGAAUGCUUCUUAGUGGUUUUUAACUACUGGGAAUCUCUCUAAAUUAUUGCUAAUAUAUUUUGCAUAUGAUCUUUAUACUGGAUGUUCUCCACGUGAUUGUACUUUAGAGAAUAUAAUUAAAAAUGAUGAUUCUAUUGUUAUUUUAGAUUUCGGCUUGAGAAAGCGAACAGAAAAAUACUGUGUCUAUUGGAAUCCCUUAAUUCUUAAGGGUAAGCCUUGUAGAUCUUCUUAUUAAUGGUCUCUAGGAAUUAUAUACUUAGUUAUGACUUAAGGGACAUAAAUUCUUAAUGAGAUAUAAAAGCAAAUAACUGCAUGGUUAAAAGGAGGAAGAUUGAAUAUUGAGUUUUUGAUAACCAAUAAAAAGUAAUCAGUCCAAAAUUUAAUAUCCUCUCUUUUAAAUCCAGAGAAUCCAAUACCUUGGGAUUAAAUCCCAAAUCAUCCAGCCUUUAGGGAAGAUAUUGCUUGUCAAUAAAUUCUCAAAGAGUUUUAAGGCAAUUCCAUUAAAACUGAAGUGAAAAGUAGAUCUUCAUCAAGAACAAAUAGUAGAGAUGAAAAUAGCAAUUAAAUUAGUAUUAUGCCUUGCCCUUAUGGAUUAAAGAAUCCAAUAAUUAGUGAUUAAAAUAUAAUUAAUUAAUCUCUAAUAACAAAGGUUAGUAAUUUGUAAAAGGCUCAUCAAGAUAAAGUACGUAAUGCUUUGGGCAAUAUGUAUUCAUCUAUAUUAAAUAGACAUACAUCUACAUCUUAAUAAAAUAGGUAAAUAACCUAAACAAAUAAUAGUCCAAACAAGUAUAAUAACUUUUUUAACUCUACAAAAAUAUUACCUAAAUCUAAAACAAAACCAUAGAACCUUGGAUUCAAAACUUUUAGGAAUUAAAAUUAAGUUAGUACUUAAAAUGUAGAUUUAGAUUCGAAACGAUAAUCUAGCGAUAUUACAAUUGAAAAUAUCGUUUAGCCUACUUAAAAUUAAGAUUCCUUUAAUGAUAAUAUGAGAUUGAGGGUUUCUUCAGUUAAAGUAGACACAAUCAGAUAGUAAAAACCAAGAAAGGGUUCCACACACUCAGUUUUGCUUGAAGAACCUAAAUAAUAACAAAAAAAUCAUCAAAAUCAAGUUUCCAAGAAUUAAAAGGAAGUUUAAUAAAUUUAUUAGUAAUAAGAAAUUUUAAAGGUUGAAGAAGAAAAAAAAAUUAUUAAGCAAUAAGUUUUAGAUUAAUAAUAAUAGCAUUAAUAAUUAUUAUAAAUUUAAUAAUCUAAAUUGCAAUCUUAACAAUAAUAAUAAUCUUAAUCAUAAAUGUUAGGGAAUUAUGAUGCUGAAAAUAAUAUUUAAUUAAAAAAAAGGAAUAAUACAUAAUUUUAAUAAAAAUAUAAUAGAUCUUUAGAAGCUAUCAAUGUGAUUGGCUAAACAGUAGCAAAAUGCUUAACUUUCUUUAAUGCAUUACAAAAUUUUUGGGUUAUUCCUUUAUUUUUAGUGUUUAAACGCAUGCUAUAAUUAAGAAAGUAGAUUGAAAAUUUAUUAUCUUAAAAGGUUAAUUCCUUUAAUAUUAAUGAUUGGGAAGAGAUUACAUCAAGUACAGAAUUUGAAAACUAUUUGAAUAAAGUUAAGUAAGAAAACUAACUUGUAUAAUCAGAAUUAAGUAUAUUGUUAAAUUCAGCUAAAGCGAAAGCAGAAAAAUUAGAUAAAUCCAGAAGAGAUAAAGUCGAAUGGUUUAUAAAUGAUGAUCUGAAUGAUAAAAUAAAGGAUGUUUGUAAUACCUAUUUUCAUGGGUAGAUUUACAAGAAUAUUAAAGACAAAAAGGGGAUAGCUAAAUCAAAUAUAGAGUGGCUAAAGUUACAAAUCUAGGCUUAAGCUUCUAUUAUCAUAAGUGAGUUACCUGUUUUAACUUGUGAUAAAGAAAACUUUACCUAUGAAGAUUACUUAUCUGCUCUUGAAUUAACAGAUGAAGAUUAAAUUUAAUAAUACUUAAAUAAAAAUGAGCAUUAUCUCGAACAUAAAUGA